GUUAAUUCGAGAAAGUUUAGGUCAAAAACAACAGGAAAGCACAACGUAGUUUACAACAAACUUUUGAAAUCUUUGAGAAAAUUAUUUAAAAAACUAUCCAACAUGUCGAUCAAUACGGCACACGCAAAUAAUGGUGUGCUCAUACAUGCAGGAGAGUACAUUCUGUUGCAUAGCGACAGCGUCUCAAUGGAAUUUUCUGGACAGGAUAAUGACCUGUUCAGAGGCUCUAAGCAAGGACGAGUUUAUUUGACGUCACAUAGAAUGAUUUUUAACAGCAAGAAACCAAGCGAUGUAAUGCAAUCGUUUAGCGCACCCUUUGUAGCUCUUUCGGAUGUUGAAAUUGAACAACCCGUUUUUGGAGCCAACUACAUUAAGGGCAAGGUCCGUGCCCAGCCUAAUGGCAAUUAUGUGGGCGAGGUUAAGUUCAAGCUGUACUUCAAGUCAGGCGGAGCCAUAGAGUAUGGUCAAGCGUUGUUGCGGGCUGCUAAGACCGCUCAAAGCAACUUUCAUCGUGGCGGUCUUGCUGGCGAUGAUCCGCCACCAUAUGCGCCAGCCGGUGCCUGGCAUGAGGCUCCACCACCAGCUUACCAGCCACCACCAGGUUAUUAUGGCUGGUUGCCACAACAUGAUGCCUUCAGUGGACCGGCACCCAACACUGUUUUUAUAAGUGACAAUCCUCCGCCGUAUCCGGGCAUUACACCACCAAACAACCAACCAGCACCACACCCUCCGCAGCAGCAGGAGCAGCAAACUGAUCCCACUUGGUAUGGUUUUUCAGCACCGCCAGAUCAGCAGCCUCAACAACAGCCUGGCUAUGGCCCCCAAGCUGGUUGGGGUGGCGGCUAUGCACAACCGCCGCCGUACGCAGCAUGUAGGCCUGAUAUGCCACCACAGGCACCUUAUAGUGGACCGCCACCCGUAGUUCCCUAUGGAGGCUUUAAUCCAAAUAUACCUGGUGGAUUUAUGCAACCAAGCUUUAUUCCGCCUCAGCAACCUGGCGGUUAUCCUGGCGCAGCUCCACCACAGCAACCAAACGGUUACCCAGGCGGUGCUCCUCCACAGCAGCCUGGAGGAAACACAUCUGCAGGAAUGUCUGCUGCCAACGCAGGAGGAAGUAGUGCUGCGGCUAAUUUUAUGGGCUUCAGCUUGCCACCUGGAAGAACCAGCAGCACGCAAUAUUAUUAUUAUCCCAAUUGUUACCAAGUUGCAAGACCCUUCUGUUUUAUACCAAUACCAGUUAUAUAUCCAUAAAAAGGAUUAUUCCAAAGAAGCCGAGGCCGCUGCUAGUGCUUAUAAUACACCCUAUAAUCAAGGCGGAUCCCGCGGACCAGGCCCGAACGAUAUGCCACCAU